AUGGCAAAACUAAUCCCACCCCAGGCCCGCAUCGGCCUGCAAGCUUUCAAGCGUUACAAAGCUCUGGGCAGCGGCGCCGGCGCCUUCGGAAGGAAUUUCUACAGGGGCGGCUUCGAAGCACGUAUGAAUAGACGAGAGGCGGCUUUAAUUCUGCAAUUGAGCGAGAGAUCCGCUACUAAGAAAAACAUUCGCAAGCGACAUCGUGAGAUGAUGUUGUUGAAUCACCCGGAUCGUGGGGGGAGCCCGUAUCUUGCUGGGAAGAUUAAUGAGGCGAAGGAGUUUUUAGAGAAACAUGGUUGA